CAUCAGGGAUCCCUUCACUAUCUUCUAUUCACUCUGCGUACGCUGCCUUUCCGUUUCCUCCUUCUGAAUCAACGAACAAGACGGAGCGAGGAGGAGGAGGAGGAGGAGGAGGAGGCGGCGGCGGCGGCGGCUUGCUUAUUUCAUCCACGAAAUUGUCUGAUCGAUCCAUUGGUCGGUCAAUCUAUCGAUCGAUCUAUUCCUUCGAAUGACGAUUUCAGUCUCGAAUCAUGUCGGAGCAAAGCAUCCUGCUCUCGCAGCUGCCAAUUUAACCACCAGCAACCGAGCAUCCGUGUCAAGAGCCGCAUCUGUUGCUGUAGCUGCCAAACUGAACCAGAACAAGCAACAGACGGAGCGAAGAAACGAGGCGGCGUGGCCUUUCGAGAUGAUGGCCAACGACCUUGCCUCUCGUCUAGGUCACGACAUCGCCGAUGCCCACCUAGAGCGCCUCUUCAGUAAACAGGUCGUCGGGGGAUCCUCCCCGCCUCCCGGCAGAGAUCCCUUUUGUCGCCGCCCUGCCCGCGUCGCCUACCAGGGCUCCCGCGGUUCCUACUGCCAGGAGGUCGCCGCCCGCGCCUUCCCCUCCUCCGCCGCCGCAGCCACCCUCCUCCCCUGCUUCCUCAUGGAGGAUGCCUUCACCGCCCUCGAGGACCUAACCGCAGACUGCGCCGUCGUCCCCUUCGAGAAUUCCCUCGACGGACCCAUCGACCGUAACCUCGACCUCCUCCUCCGCCACCCAAGCGUCCGCAUCCUCGCUGAGCUCGUCCUCCCCGUCAACCACUGCCUCCUCUCCCUCUCCGGCGCCUCCAAAUCUGCCCUCCGCCGAGUCGUCAGCCACCCGCAGGUGCUUUCCCACUGCCGUCGGAGCCUGGAAGCACUAGAUCUCAAAGUCGACGAAGUUACCAGCACCGCCGACGCUGCACUUUUCGUGGCGGAGAACCAGGUCGCCGACACAGCGGUGAUCGGUAGCCGGAUCGCCGCGCGCGAGUUCGGCCUGCGGGUACUCGAUCCCAAUUUCCAGGACCUCCAGGUGGCCGGUAACUUUAACCGAUUCUUCCAGCUCGGACUCUCUACUGCUGCCGAGACGGCGUACUCGGCCCCAGGGAAGAAGAAGACCACCUUGGCCUUCGCGCUCGAUGGCGGGCCGUCGGAUCUGUUCUCCGCGAUGUGGAUCUUCGAGAGACACGGCGUAAGGGUGGCACGCGUGGACCACCGGCCCAACCGCGAGAGGCCGCUCCGGAUAGUGGACGUGGCCGGAGAGAAGGUGGCGUACUUAGAUUACGUAUUCGUGAUGGAUGUGGAAGGGAGCGCAUCGGACGCCGCCGUCGAGGCCGCGAUAGCGCGACUGACGGAGAUCGCCACCUUCACACGCGUGCUCGGCAGCUACUCCUGCACUGGCCACUCACGUUGAAUUUAUUUAAUAAAAUUUUCAUGAGUCGCGGUAAACGAGCCCAGCCUAACCGAGUUUACACGCCUUCAAAAUUAUUUCAUAAGAUAAUCGAGCCAAUCCAAUCGAGCAAACCUUAAAAUGACUAAGCCUUUAAAAUAAUUAUUCAAACUUAACUUCAUUUAUUUUUUAUAAAU